AUGGAAACCGUUGAGGGAAAGCCUGUGUGCAUGCAAGGCUAUUAUGAGAUCGUGCUAUUUCCUAAAACUGGAAGUGAUUUAGCCUUGAAUCAUGCUAAUGGCCGUGUCCGCAUCCUUUUUGAUUACCACAAUCUGUAUCUGGUUGCUUUUAAGUCACACGGGAUGUGGCACAAAUUCCCGGACCUCGAUCCUAAGAUUGUUCCAGACUAUGCAAGCAAUGAGCGAAAGAAGUAUUACAAGGUGAAGAACAUUCCCUUUGAGUCCAACUAUGGUGUUAGAGCAAGUUGGAAGAGUCAAAAUACCCAACCUACAGAAGAUGCUAUUUAUGUCCUGCGCUGUAUUUUCAGAGGUGCUCAAGUUCCCUCUUAUGAAGUAGGCUGUAUACCUGAUAGUGCUUUGGCUGAUGUUCUUUUUGAGAGAUGUGACAAUGAUGAAGAGUAUAUGCCACCUAUCAAUACACCUGAAGAAGAAGACAAUUAUGUUAGCACCACAUCCAAUGAUGGUGAUAUAACCACCGUGGAGGAUGUCUUCGAUUUGCCAUUGUUUGUGGAGGAGGACAACGAGGAGGCGGCGGCGGAAGCAGCGAAACAGAAGCGACGGGAGCAGAGCUUGAAGCCCCGGCAGCCGAGGCCGACGAGUUAUCGGGACACGCCGGAGAUGAAGGAGAGGUGGGCGAGGAGUAGUGCUCUGGCUUCCCAGUAUUGGGAGCAUGACCCCAAGACAGGGAUCAGCUACUACACGCGUGCCUGCUUCCUAAACCUCACCAUCUUCGACCUUGACAAGGAGACGCAAUAUGGUCCAAUGCGUUUUACAGACGCAAUUAUCCCAGAGGAUCACAUUUUGACUAGCUCGUUAAAUGUAAUAUCUCUGAAAGUAAAAUCAUCAGAUGUUGGCUACCCUAUCAAUCUAUAUGGGACUGUGAUAGUCAGAGAUGGAUUAGAUUUUAACUGCAUCACCAUCUUCCGGCACAAUAGGAACAAUUGCCAAGUUAUCCAGUCAGAGAAUGAAGAUAUAAUUCUCACAGGACCAACUAGAGGAAUUGUUUUUUAUGGUGAAAUAUUUUUUGAGAUAAAUUUGAAGAUUAAGGAGAAUGAAGAGUGCAAUGACAAGGAAUUUAGUAAAGGAUUGCUUGAAAUGAAAGUCUACACUCGUCGGUUUAAGAUUGUGACUGAAACCUUGGAGAGUAGGCUCAGUGAGGUGGAACUUGUAACUGCUUGUGUUAAGGAAGCACUGGAGGGCACUGUUGAGAUCAAGAUUCUGUCAGAUUCUGAAGUUUUUCAUGGGAAAAUUACGGCUUGCACAACAGAUGUUCCGAAUGAUAUUGUACUGUAUGACAGUGAUGUCGGUUCUCCAAACGCAGUUGGUGAUGACAGAGUCGUGCAGCUGCUGCGACGUGUCGUAGCAGUGUCCAGAAAAGAGAUGUUGAUAUUGAAUAUCCAUGCCCAUAAUAUUCAUCAGAAUCAUGUCGUCAGUCGCAGUUUGAAGUUCACCCCAUUCACUAGAGGCUCUAAUGAGGACGAGAUUAGCUGUGGUAUUUACAAGAUGCGGGUGAAAGUUGUUUGGUCAACCUUGUUGAUGGGUUAGAAUUAUACUCUACUGAGAGUCUUUUUACAAGAUGCGGGUGAAAGUUGUUUGUAAAUUAACAACUUUGAGAUGAAUUAGAAUUAUACGCUAUUGGGAAUAUUUUUCACAGAUCUUGUAGCUUAUGCUAAACUCGGUGGUGUAAAUAAUUAAACUUUUAAGCUAGCUGUCAUGCCGAAAUUGAAUGUAAGUGGU